UGUCUCGAAUUUCAAGUCUCAACUCAAAAUCAGCCCAGAAGAAGUAAGUAGAAAAGCAAAGAUUUACUAGAAUUCAAGAAAAGUAAAUUAUAAGUAACGGACACACGGAAACACUUGUAGGCAAAAAAAAACACUUUUCUAAAGUCAGCAAACAACAACUAGACCAAACUCAAGCCUUUUCUCUGGCUGUAAACUGUAAGUGACAUCAAAACUCAAAACAAAAAGCCUUUCUUUUCAAGUUCUGUUAUCACUUCUCACGUUUCUUCAUCUGGGUUUCUCUUUAUUGGAAAUCUAUCUAUGCCCUUUCUUGCUUUUAUUUUUAUUUGUUUUUUUCAUCUUUCAUAAGCAUUACAGUCUUUCAUUUGAUUUAUUUUCUUGCUGAAUAAUCAUGUUCUGAUAGGUUUAGCGAAAAGGAAAUGGGGUGCAUGUUGUGUAUUUUCCUUGCUUUUUAAGUGGGAAACACAGACAAGAAAAAAAGGGGUUUGUGAAUUGAUUGUGGAAAGUUGGUUGGGGAUUUCUUUUUUUGGGUUUAUAGUGGCUUUGGGCAUCUGGGUUUUUUCAGAAUAGUAUAAAAGUUUGAUUUUUUAAUUUUUAAUUUAAUUUAAUUUAAUUUUUUUUUGUGGUGGGUUUUGAUGAAAGUGAGGGAUUUUGUAGGUUUUUAAUGAGGGCAUAAAGCUUCAUGUGGGUUUUUAUGUUGGGUUUUUGAGACUGAGAUAUAAAGUUUUUUGGUUUUUUACUUUCAGAUGAGAAGGGGGUUUUGGCCCCCCUUUUUGUUCUGGGUUUUCUGGUGUGGCAUUAUUGUUGGACAGGGUUUGUGAAGGUUUUGGUAAAUAAAUAUUCCGGUUUUUUGGAGGGUGGCGUUUUGUUUUUAUUUAUGUGAACUAUGUUGAAGCAGAUACUUAGUAAGCUUCCUAGAAAGCCAUCUAAGAAUGCCGAUAAUCGUGAACAUGGUGGAAGCCAUACAACACUUUUGAAUUCUUCUACCAGUUCUAGAAGCAGUGAUUUAGGGACAAGCAAGUCUGGAAAUUCUAUUGCAUCUCAUGUGGCCCUUAAUUAUGCUUCGGAUAUUGGACCAUAUAAUGAUAAAAAGUUUGCUCGAGGUGCAAACCCAAAGGUGAAUGGGAUUCCAGUGUCUUCUUUUUAUGAAGCAUUGCCUGGAUUCAGGGAUGUUCCAAGCUCUGAGAAGCAGAGCUUAUUUAUAAAAAAGCUUAACAUGUGCUGUGUCAUAUUUGACUUCACUGACCCAACAAAGUAUAUCAAGGAAAAGGAAAUCAAGCGAAACACAUUGUUAGAGCUUGUGGAUUAUGUGACUUCAGUGAAUGGCAAAUUUACUGAAACUGUGAUGCAAGAAGUCAUAACAAUGGUAUCUGCAAAUUUAUUUAGAACUUUCAAUCCUCAACCACGUGAGAACAAAGUCAUAGAAGCUUUUGAUGUAGAAGAAGAGGAGCCUUCCAUGGAUCCUGCAUGGCUUCAUUUGCAAAUUGUGUACGAGUUUUUCUUAAGGUUUGUUGCAUCGCCUGAGCUGGAUGCAAAAUUGGCCAAAAGGUACAUUGAUCAUUCCUUUAUUCUGAAGUUGCUGGAUCUAUUUGACUCUGAAGAUCCUAGAGAAAGAGAAUACUUGAAAACGAUUUUGCACCGCAUCUAUGGAAAAUUUAUGGUUCAUCGUCCUUUUAUCAGGAAAGCUACCAACAACAUAUUUUAUAUUUUCGUUUUUGAGACUGAGAAGCAUAAUGGGAUAGCUGAGCUUUUAGAAAUUUUAGGCAGUGUUAUUAAUGGGUUUGCUCUGCCACUGAAAGAAGAGCAUAAAUUGUUCCUAGUUCGGGCACUGAUUCCCCUGCACAAACCAAAAUGCUUGCCAAUGUACCAUCAGCAGUUAUCUUACUGCAUUAUGCAAUUUGUAGAGAAAGAUUGCAAGCUUGCUGAUACUGUCAUAAGGGGUUUAUUGAAGUACUGGCCAAUUACAAAUAGUUCAAAGGAAGUCAUGUUCCUAAGUGAGUUGGAAGAAGUCUUAGAAGCAACUCAACCUUCAGAAUUUCAGCGUUGUAUGGUUCCCUUGUUUCACCAGAUUGCUCGUUGUCUGAGCAGUUCACACUUUCAGAAAUGGAUAGAGCACAUUGACACUUUCUUCUCAUGUUGCUUUUAUGAGAGCAUAACGUCCUUCCAUUCCAGUCCUGGAUACGUUCUCACAUAAUGCUGUUGAUUCUUCUUUCCUUAGGUGGCAGAGAGAGC